AGGAGCUAGGGAAAACUGCAUAUUGCUCAUUUCUACUUCAAAUAUCACGGACCAGAAGGCAUAGGCACAAGUCCGAGGCAAUAGGGAGAUCGAAGUGGACAAACAACCCAUAACUAGUCGAAUAUUGGACCCACGAUGACGGAUUCCCUCCACAACGCACCCAUUGUGCUGGACAAUGGCUCAGGUACGAUACGAGCAGGUUUUGCAGGAGACGACUUACCAAAAUGCUAUUUCCCAUCUUUUGUCGGCCGACCGAAGCAUCUACGUGUAUUAGCUGGCGCGUUGGAAGGAGAAGUGUUCAUCGGUCAAAAGGCGGCGACAGAACUCAGAGGGCUCCUAAAAAUCAGAUAUCCCUUAGAACAUGGCAUAGUCACAGACUGGGAUGAUAUGGAGAAGAUAUGGGAAUACGUCUAUAGCGAAGGAUUAAAAACAAUGAGCGAAGAGCAUCCUGUACUCCUAACCGAACCCCCGUUAAAUCCCCGAGCAAACCGCGACACGGCCGCGCAAAUACUCUUCGAGACUUUCAACGUACCAGCCUUAUACACUUCGAUCCAAGCUGUUCUCUCCCUAUAUGCUAGUGGACGUACAACGGGCUGUGUACUAGACUCCGGAGAUGGUGUUUCUCACGCCGUACCUGUUUACGAGGGUUUUGCUAUUCCUUCGUCCAUGCGACGUAUUGAUGUCGCCGGCCGCGACGUUACCGAACACAUGCAAACGCUGCUACGCAAGAGCGGCUACGUAUUUCACACAAGCGCUGAAAAGGAGGUGGUGCGAUUGAUCAAAGAGUCCGUAUGUUAUGUAGCCAUAAACCCUAAGGCUGAAGAGAAGGACUGGCAAAGCGCCAAACUCGACCAGGGAAAGACAGCCGAGUACGUAUUGCCGGAUGGUAACCGCCUGCGCGUCGGCCAGGAGCGUUUCCGCGCCCCCGAAAUCCUAUUCGACCCCGAGCUCAUCGGACUUGAGUACCCGGGUAUUCAACAGAUCGUGACGGACGCUAUAAACAGAACAGAUCUGGACUUGCGCAAAGCGCUAUAUGCCAAUAUUGUACUUUCCGGUGGAAGCACUCUAACGAAGGGCUUUGGUGACCGUUUAUUAAGUGAAGUCAAGAAGCUUGCUGUCAAGGACAUGCGAAUCAAGAUCUUCGCUCCUCCUGAGCGAAAAUACUCAACCUGGAUCGGAGGCAGUAUUCUGGCCGGUUUGAGCACAUUCAGAAAGAUGUGGGUUAGCAUUGACGAUUGGCACGAAGACCCCGAUAUCAUCCACAAGAAAUUAACAUAAGCUCCAAUACGCAUAUCAUCUUGAAACAUGGGGAGAUUUGGACGUUUUACGAAACGCCCACAAGUAGGAAUGAGGCGGAGGGGGUCAAUGAAUCAUGAUUUCCCAGCCCUAGUGUAAUAGAUAUGGUAUGAAGGGGCUGCACAAGAGCAUAGAGCGCACCCCCAUUGGAAACGUAUCUACGCUUUAAGCGGUCGGAAG